AGUUUCCCAACUCUGACACUGGAUAUGAAUCAGCUUUACUCCAAAAGUGCAUUGAUAUAGUAACUAGGUAACUGCAUGAAAGCAUUGUUUGUCGACUGUUUAUUGUUAUUAUUCAAUUGAAAACAUUGAAACAAAAUUGUUUCAAUUUUAUUUUUAAUAUCAAAAAAUAGUGAAGUGAUAAAAUGGGAAAGACACGCACUGGAAAAGUGGCCAUUGGCCUCACAAUGGUUGGAUUUAUUUUUGUACUCAUUGCUUUUACCACACCCAACUGGCUACAAACAGACGGAAAAUUAGAUAGUCCCAAGUUUCGAAAAAUUGGACUUUGGCAAGUAUGCUUCGAAGACUUCAUGGACACUCAACACCUGUACGAUACAAAAUUCAACAAUUGUUGGUGGGUUUUCGAAGAAGAAUACUACAUAUUACAUGACAUUCUCCUACCAAGAUUUUUCGUGGCCACACAAUUUAUGUUCACCCUAUGCUUCACACUACUUUUAAUUGGAAUUUUCCUAACGGCACUGUACGGUUGCUGUUCACGACAACAACAAAAAUAUCAAUUGCUCUUAUGGACAAACGGAACGAUAUUAACUUUAUCCGGAUGCGCUGGAAUUAUAUCAGUAUUAAUUUUCGGAUGUCGUGGCGAUUAUCGCGAUUGGAUGCCAAAUUGGCAGCACAAUGACAUUGGUUGGUCAUAUGCCGUGGGAGUUGUUGGCAGUUUUAUUGUUUUAACUGCAGGAAUUCUCUUUCUCGUCGAGGGUCGACGACACAGGAGAAAACUCGACAGAAUGUACAACGAAGAUCAAAAGACACACACAACUAUAUAAAUUUUAUAAUCGACAGUAUUUUUGUCCCAUUUUAUUUAUCAACGCAAUCUAAGAGGCGUUAAAAAUUUUUACCAUCACCAAUCAGGGUGAUUUUUAACAAAUUUCUUUUAUUCAAUCAAAGCUUGGAACAUUUACAAUUUUUUUGUCUAUUUAUUUAUUGAAGAACAAUCAAUUAAAUUAAAUAUUUGUUUUUUUGAUAAUUUUUUUAUAAUUACAAUAUGUACGUGCUUCCAUAUAAUUAUUUUUUCUAUGGAAAUAAAUAUUUGUCGUCAGUGAUCGGAAUUUAGAAAAUAGUUUCAAGCUUUGACAAAAUUUAGAAAAAAAAAUAUAAUUAUACAAACUAUUGUUUGUAUGCAUUUUUUUAAUGUCAAGAAUUUAAUAGAAGCACAAAUUAUGACUUUUUUUUAUAAAAAUUAAUUAUUAAUUAAUUCCAGGCCUCGGAUAUGACUUUUUCGAACUUUUCUUCCAAAUAUUGCAACAAAAUACAAAAUAACUAUAGACAAAUCUUUUAAAAAUUAUUUUUGAAUAAUUUAAUUGAAAAUAAUUGAUUUCUUUCAAGUAUUUUAUUAAAAUUUUUAAAAAUCAAUUUUUGAAGAAUUUUGUUUGCAAAUUCUUGAAAAUACAUAUAAUAUACAAAAAUUCUUUUCAGAAAUUCCGUGGCCUGUAAUUCUAAACUAUUAGAAAAUUAGAUCUGAUUUGUCAAAAAAUGUUCGUUUUGUUUAUUUUAAUAGAUCUUAUUGUGCACAAUACUCAAAUUAAUUAUAGUACAAGGUAGAAUUUCGAAUGAAAUAUUGAAAUUUAUUUCAAUUACAGAAUUACACACUUGCACUCUGAGUAGUGCUUUUACUAUUGUACUUGUCAAUAUGAUCUGCAUAGAUUUUAAAUCGAACAAUUAUUGAAACAAUAAUAAAAAUGUAAUUUUUAAAGUUGUAAUCGACAUUUAAUGAAGAAAAAAAAAUGUAUUAAUAUAGGAAUGCCUGAUACGAAUGUAAUCCGUCCAGUUUAGAUAGUGUUUAUAUAUUGUUUACAAAGCAUGAAUUUACAGAGAAUGCAUAUGUAAAUAUAAUUUAGCCUAAGUGAAGUGCCUUUAAGUAGUGAUGAUUGUACUUUUUUAAAUAAAAUCAUUUAUUGAACAUUA